AUGGAAAAUCAAGGAGACUCAAGCGGAGAAUUCAAUUGCCACAAGUGCAGCGAAAAGGAUAACAGCCGUAUGGUGCAAUGUGACCAGUGCGACAAGUGGUACCAUUUCGCCUGUGUCGGGGUUAACAGCGGAAUAGAAGACGAGAGCUGGAAUUGCGCCAAGUGCAAUCCGCAAACUUCCACCGCAACUACGAGUGCUGCAGCUCCCUCGAACAAAGCACGCAGCGAAAUGAUACCAAGACCUAGUUCACAUUUCUUGCAAGCAACAUCCUCACCUACACAGGAUGCACCGCCGUCCGGCUUAACGCCAUGGAGCACAGCUGACGGUUACGCUGGGACAGCAACACAUACGAGUGGUUCCAAUCAAUUGGUUACCACACCGCUGGACCUCACGGCAUUAGCUUCCGCAGCCAAUUUGCCAGUACCACCGCGCUUUGUGACAGCACCACAUAUUGCAGGACGUUCAAACUACGUGACAACAACAACCACUGCCUCACCUCAAUACCUUCGUCUACAUACCGAAACAGGAGACCGCCACGUGCCAAAUGAAAAAGAGUUAGAGCUACGUCUAGCCAUGUUAGAAGAAGAGAGGCAGAUUAAUCAAAGUUAUCUGGAGAAAAAAUAUGAUAUUCUAUCACAUUCGCAAGGAACUUUGGCUACGAGUAUUCAUGGCACCGGCAUGAGGACCGCCCCAACACCUGCGCAAAUAGCAGCACGACAAGCCAUUCCAAAGGAGCUUCCGCAUUUCCAUGGCCACCCGGAGGAAUGGCCCCUGUUCAUUAGUAGCCUUGAAACCAGCACAGAGAUCGCAGGCUACUCAAAUGCUGAGAAUCUAAUGCGUCUACAAGCGUGUUUAAAAGGUAAAGCCAGGGAAAUGGUUCAGAGCAAGCUAUUAUUACCGGCAAUGGUCCCGGAAAUCAUUCAAACUUUGCGUAUGUGCUUCGGCAGGCCAGAGCUAAUAAUCGAGAAUUUAAUUGAAAAGGUGAAAAGGGUUCCACCUAUAAAAGACAGACUAGAUGGCCUCAUAGACUUUGCGCUCUGCGUGCGCAACGUAUACUCCACAAUGGAAUCCUGCCGCAUGGGGGCUUAUAUGAAUAACCCUACGCUGGUGAAAGACUUGGUGGACAAGUUGCCAAACAACCACAAGCUUGCUUGGGCUAUGCAUCCGAAAGGACAACACGAGCCAAUAGUAAAAAUAUUUAGUGACUGGCUCUAUGCACUUGCUGAAGCGGCGAGUCAAGUAGUCGGAUACACUACUCCGAAAAGAGGCGGGAUUGUCAACACGCACAUGCAAACAACCAACGCACAACGAGAUGUCACCUGUAGCCACUGUAAUGCUGGUGGACACCGAGUGGCACAGUGCGAGGACUUUAGGAAGCUGAGUUCAAGUUGCAGAUGGGAUGUUGUCCGUGCGCUAAAGUUAUGUCGCCAAUGCCUUAACGCCCACCGACGCAGAUGCUUCGUACCCAGGACCUGCGGAGUGGACGGCUGUAAAGCCAAACAUCACCCGCUCCUGCACGCAAGUACGGCCCUGAACGCACAAAACAGCCCUGAGUACCCUAGCGCGACAGCCAGCGGUAGUGUUAACUCACAUGACGACGCCAAGCGAAAGUCUUCUCCCUACUUUCGCAUCUUGCCGGUUCGUAUACAUGGUAAUGGAAACUAUAUUGAUACAUUUGCGUUUUUAGACGAAGGUUCAUCAGUAACCCUCAUCGAAGAAAAAAUCUUCAAGCAACUCAACAUGAGAGGUGUUCCCGAUCCAUUAUGCCUUCGCUGGACUGGUGACAAUACCCGUAAUGAAGAUGCAUCCGUGAGAACUUCGUUAAAGAUCAGUGGCAUACAGCAUAACAAAGCGUUUAACAUUACUGGGGUGCACACCGUGAGCCAUCUCGGCCUGCCAAGGCAAACUGUUGACAUGGCGAAAAUUACCAAGGAUUACCCAUAUAUAACCGGCCUGCCAAUACAAUCAUACGUUAGCGCGAAGCCGACAUUGCUCAUUGGCUCCGACAAUUGGCAAGUAGCCGUACCGCUCAAGAUUCGAGAAGGCAGUUGGUGCCAACCGAUAGCAACGAAAACUAGAUUGGGUUGGGCUAUACAAGGUCGUUGUGGCGGUUCAUCGUCGAACGCGCGCUUAAACAUACACACAUGCGCGUGCAAAGCCGAAAAUGAAAGACUGCACAAAAUGGUUAAGGAGCACUUCCAAUUAGAUGACCCCAAACCAACGAUGCUGCGCUCACCGGAUGAUCAAAAGGCACUAGCCAUACUCGACUCAACGUGCAGAAAGAUCAACAACAGGUACGAGGUUGGACUACUAUGGCGACACGAGGAAAUCAGCUUGCCCGACAGCUACGAAAUGGCCUACAAACGCCUCGUGUGCCUCAACAACAAAUUUCGCAAGGAUCCGUCACUGAAGCUAGCUAUGCAGAAGCAUAUCGACAACCUUUUGGCUAAGGGAUACGCAAAUAAGUUGAACACAGCUGAGCUAGUAGCACAUAAAGGACGCGUGUGGUACAUGCCAAUAUUCGUGACUUGCAACCCAAAUAAACCCGGGAAAAUGCGCCUAGUCUGGGACGCAGCAGCUAAAAGUAAAGGAGUAGCGCUUAACGACGCCGUUUUAGUCGGGCCCGACUUUUUGAUUCCUUUAGUCGACAUCUUAUUGAAAUUCCGUAUCGGAAAGGUCGCCAUCUGCGGCGAUAUCGCCGAAAUGUUCCACCAAAUUAAUGUAACUAAUAACGAUAUGCACGUGCAAAGGUUUCUUUGGCUGGACAACGAGGACGACAUUAGCCAACCCAGCGUCUACGUCAUGCGCGCCCUCACGUUCGGUAUAAGCUGCGCUCCGUGCAUCGCGCACUAUGUGCGCGACAAAAACGCGAACACCUUCGUUCAACAAUUUCCGGAAGCCGUCGAUGCUAUAACACGUUACCAUUACGUUGACGACUUUAUCUACAGCGGGGAUAGCGAACAGGCUGUCAUACAACUAGCAAAGACGGUAAAACAUAUACACGCCGCCGCCGGGUUUCAUAUUCGAAACUGGGCAUCAAACUCAGCAGUGGUCUUAAAACAUAUGGAAGGCAGUUGCAAUAGGACUCAAGAGCCAUUGCAGUUGAAUUCGAACGAAAAGAUUCUAGGAGUAUACUGGGAUCCAAAUAAAGACGUAUUCAAAUACGCGCUCAGGUUCACAAGACUAAAGCGAAACGUUGUAGCAGGCGACACCACACCAACAAAGCGCGAGAUCCUUCAGGUCUUAAUGUCCAUUUUCGACCCUCUUGGUCUUCUAUCUAACUAUACCAUAACACUAAAAAUUUUACUCCAAGAAAUAUGGCGCUCAGGCUUAGAUUGGGACGAAGAGAUCGACGCCGCAAUGGAGUCAAAAUGGUGCCAGUGGAAGAUCGCUCUAUCAGCCAUGGCCAAACUGGAAAUACCCAGGUGCUACUCAUUUCAUCUUGAUGUUGCUGAAGAUGUUCAACUGCAUACCUUCGCAGACGCCGGCGAAUUUGGUUACGCAGCGGUAUGCUACCUGCGCGUCAAAAGUGGCUCCCGUAUCGACGUCUCUAUCGUAGCUGCUAAAUCAAAGGUGGCACCUCUGAACCCGGUAUCAAUCCCCCGUCUGGAACUUCAAGCAGCCGUACUGGGUGCGAGACUGGCUUCAAAGAUACAAGGCAUAUCACGGCUACAAAUAAAAAAGAGAAUAUUCUGGACGGAUUCAACGACGGUACUGAAAUGGCUCGGUAUGGAUCCCCGACAGUUCCGCCAAUUCGUAAUGUUUAGAGUUGCUGACAUCUUAGAGCGAACGAAUUUGAACCAGUGGAAAUGGGUACCAUCGCUUUUAAACCCUUCGGACCGGGCAACUAAGGUUGACUCUAAAACUGACGCAAGCCUUUGGUUUAAUGGUCCCACAUUCUUGCAAUACGAUGAAAGCAAGUGGCCCUACCGCGACGACCUGGGACCAGUCGACAACAGCGAAGUGAAAAAUCACUUACUACAUAUCCGGAAGCUGGAACAGAAGAAACUCACUAUCAACUUCGAAUAUUUUUCAAACUGGAGAAGGUUGUAUCGUGCGCUGGCUAGAUUCAUUCUUUACAUAGAAAAGGUCAAAGCAAAGUCUCGGUCCCGGGAACUUCCCAACAGGGUCACGUUUGAAAUGGUUAAAGCAGCAAAAACGGCACUAAUAACUCAGGCGCAGCUUAGCGAGUAUGAAAACGAUCUACUUAGCCUAAGAAGCGGUAAGAGUAUUGAAAAAAGUAGUAAAUUAAACGCGCUUGAUGUAUUUGUAGAUGAGUUUGAUGUCAUACGUGUUCGAGGUCGGGCCGAAUUCCUCGCAGCUCGCAGUGCUGUGGUUCUGCCGGGUAAACAUCACGUCGCCUACCUUAUAGUUAAAGACGCCCACGAAAGGUAUCAACACAUAUCACACGAAACUGCAAUAAACGAAAUAAGAGGGAGAUUCCAUAUACCGCGACUGCGUGUCCUGUACCGCAUGGUACGUCGAAUGUGUCAAACCUGCAAAAAUAAAUUCGCGGUACCUCGUCCUCCACAAAUGGCUCCCUUACCUGCCGCUAGACUCGCAAGUUUCGAACGACCGUUUAGUUAUGUUGGGAUCGACUAUUUUGGCCCAAUGCUCGUCGCUGUAGGCAGGCAUCGAGAAAAACGUUGGGGCGUAAUCUUCACGUGCCUCACGGUUAGAGCCAUCCACGUAGAGAUCGCCUACAGCCUCGACACAAGCUCCUGCGUCUUGUGCCUACGCAACUUUAUUUCACGACGCGGAGUACCGAGAGAAAUCUACACCGAUAACGGCACGAACUUCAAAGCGACCAACAAUAUCUUGCGUAUCGAAGCGAAUCAAGUAGACUACGCAACUAUCCAGACCAAAUUUGACAAUAUUAAGUGGAACUUCAACCCACCGGCGGCGCCUCAUAUGGGCGGAGCGUGGGAACGUCUUAUAAGGUCGAUCAAGACCGUGUUAAAUGGAAUGCAUCCCGAGCACAACUUUAACGAUGAAACCCUUCGUAGCGCUCUCUUAGAAGUUGAGUUCAUGAUCAACUCAAGACCGCUUACCUUCGUUACCAUAGACGGGUGCGACGAUGAAGCACUCACGCCGAACCACAUAUUAAUGGGCUCAUCCUCAGGCUACAAACCAAUUGGAACCAGCGGAGACCUGCGUCAACGCUAUCGUCAAACGCAACUUUAUGUGGAUAGGUUCUGGCAGAGAUGGGUGCAAGAGUAUCGGCCGAUCCUAACGCGGAGAUCCAAGUGGUUCGAGAAGCAACCCCCUUUAAAGGUUGGCGACGUAGUGGUAAUUGUUGACGAAUCUAUGGCAAGAAACUGUUGGCCGAAAGGCAUCAUAGUAGACGUCGUCACAGCAAAAGAUGGCCAGGUGAGGCGGGCAACCGUGAAAACAGCACGCGGAAUUCUGGAUCGACCCGCCAUAAAACUAGCUGUCCUAGACGUCGGCAAUCCGAAGAAGUAA